AUGUACGUGGUUAACUUUGAUCAGAUCAGUGCUCGGCUCAAGGAGAUUAGCUAUGGCCUUAGCAGCUGCGACAUCGCUCUCCUUGCUCAUAAAGUCUUUGCCGGUGUCUAUGAUGGACUCACCACGAGUCAACUCGACGAGUUGGCUGCUGACACUGCUGCUGCCAUGUCUUGCGACCAUCCUGAUUACGCAACCCUUGCUGCUAGGAUUGGUGUCUCAAAGCUUCAGAAGAACACUAAGAAAUCAUUUUCUGAGAUGGUUUAUGACAUGUCUAAGGCUUCACUAAUAGCUAACGCUAAUCGCCUGGACAGUGAAAUCAUCUAUGACCGGGAUUUUCAGUAUGAUUACUUUGGAUUUAAAACUCUUGAGAGAUUGUACCUCUUGAAAGUCCAAGGGAAAGUUGUUGAAAGGCCUCAACACAUGCUUAUGAGAGUUGUUGUUGGCAUCCACAAGGACGAUAUCGAUUCUGCAAUCAAAACUUACCAUUGGAUGUCUCAGAGAUGGUUCACUCACGCAUCUCCUACUCUCUGUAACGCAGGAACUCCAAGGCCUCAAUUAAGCAGCUGCUUUCUUAUCUGCAUGAAAGAUGAUAACAUGGAGGGCAUAUACGAAACCCUCAAAGAAUGUGCUGUUGUAAGCAACUCUGGUGGUAGUAUUGGUGUCUCGGUUCAUAAUGCACGUGCAACUGGAAGCUACAUCAGUAUUGUCCCUAUGCUACGUGUAUUCAACGAUACCGCUCGUUAUAUUGAUGAAGGAGGAGGCAAGAGGAGUGGUACAUGUCAGCCUUACACUAGUGAGCCUUUGCUGUAUACCUGGAGCCAUGGCAUGCUGACAUCUUUGAGUAUCUGGAGCUCCGGAAGAAGCAUGAAAAGGUGCCAAUGCAAGAGGAGGAGAGGGAUGUUUUAUGCUCUACGGGUUCCCGAUCUUUCUAUGGAGAGAGUCAAGAGUUAUGGGGAGUGGUCACUGUUUUGUCCUAAUGAAGCUUUGGGGUUAGCAGAUUGCUUGGGGGAGGAAUUUGAGAGACUGUACACCAAUUAUGAAAGAGAGGCCGGACAACUGAAUAAGGAUAUAUUUGAAACCAUAUACUACCAUGCACUCAAAGCAUCUUCAGAGCUUGCUGCAAGAUAUGGUGUACGAGACAUACAAAGGAAGGGUCUUCAACCAGACAUGUGGAAUGUAACUCCAUCAACCCGCUGGGACUGGUAUUUUAGGGACAUGUUAUCAAAGAAUGGAAGAGGAACUCUCUUUUAG